UCCCCUCAGCCCGGCCGCCAUUUCGGGAGCUCUGCGCGGGCGCCCGGCGCCCCCUGGCGGCCCCGCGGCCGGCCCGGCCCGGCCCGUCCCGGCGCCAUGAAAUCCGUGUUCGUCACCGUGGGCACCACCAGCUUCGACGAGCUGAUCGCCACCGCCCGCUCCCCGCCCGCGCUGCAGGCGCUGCAGAGCCGCGGGUACCAGAGGCUGGUGCUGCAGGUGGGCCGGGGCUCGCUGCCGCAGCCCAGCAGCAGCUCGGCCCUGGCGGUGGAAGUGUUCCGCUUCAAGGACUCGCUGGCUGAGGACCUGCAGAGCGCAGACCUGGUCAUCAGCCACGCAGGUGCUGGUAGCUGCCUGGAGACUCUAGAGAAAGGAAAACCACUAAUAGUAGUAAUAAAUGACAAGCUGAUGGACAACCAUCAGCUUGAGCUGGCCAAACAGCUCCACAGAGAUGGCCAUGUCCUCUACUGUGACUGCAGCACUCUUGUGGAGACGCUGCAGUCGAUGGACUUGUCAGCUUUGAAACCUUUUCCUCCUGGACAGCCAGAAAAGUUUGCUUCAUUCUUGGAUCGAGUUUUGGGGUUACAAUAAACAGAACAGAGAAAUAAAAAAGUUGGAAUAAAAUGUCUCCUCUCCUACACUUAAGAUCUGCCAACUGGGCCAAACACUCAAAGAAAAAAAAUAUAAUUUACUCUUAACUGAUAUUAAGUGGCUUCCAAUUUAGUGCCAAACUCAUUCAGCUUUAUGGACAAAAGAGUACAAUGCCAAUAAGGAAGGAGUAUGAACUGUCUAGUUGCAUGGACAGACAUAUUUAUAUCGUAAAAGCUGCACUGGGAUGGUAAUUCCAGUGACGAGGACAAGCUAAAUGACUUCUUUAUAGGCAUGAGAAAUGCAUUGUGGUCUCUUGAUCUUUUUUGCCAAGUACAGGUGGAAAUAAAUUGUCUUUGUUGA